AUGAGAACGGUUUUGAUAUUAUUAGUGCUCAUUUAUUGGGCUGCUGGUAAACCUCUCGAGGCGGACACUAGAAGCGAAAAAAAAUGUGGAUAUCAAUCUUGCCACAAAAUACAUCGAACCAAAUUGAAUGUACAUUUAGUGCCCCAUUCGCACGAUGAUGUGGGCUGGCUGAAAACUGUUGAUCAAUAUUUCUUCGGAAGUAAAACAAAUAUACAAAUGGCCGGCAUCCAGUACAUAAUUGGUUCUUCGAUAGACGCUCUACGCUCGAAUCCGGACAGAAGGUUUAUCCAGGUGGAAACUGCGUUUUUCUGGAAAUGGUGGAAGCAACAAUCGGAACAAGUGAGGGAUGAUGUGAGGUAUCUCGUGAACAAUGGAAGAUUAGAAAUCAUCAAUGGAGCUUGGAGUAUGAAUGACGAGGCGGCGACGCAUUAUCAUUCAAUCAUCGACCAGUUUACGCUCGGCUUAAGGACGAUAAAUGAUACUUUGGGUGAAUGUGGACAACCGAAAAUCGGAUGGCAGAUAGACCCAUUCGGCCAUAGCAGGGAGAUGGCUUCAAUCUUUUCCCAAUUGGGAUUCGAGGGUCAAUUUUUCGCGCGCCUGGACUACAGAGACAGUAAACUACGGCACAACAGGUCCGAGCUGGAAAUGGUUUGGCAAGGAAGUCCGUCUUUGGGGAAGAGCUCCAAUUUAUUUACCGGCGUUCUGUACGACUUCUACACGACUCCCGCUUAUUUCUGCUGGGACGUUCUGUGCUCCGACGUUCCCAUAAACAAUGACGAGGAGAGUCCGGAUUAUAACGAGCUGGACAUCGUGAACCGAUUCGCGGAUUACGUCUUGAAGGGUUCGAAAUAUUUCAACACUAACAAUUUGCUGGUGACAAUGGGCGGUGAUUUUACGUAUCAGGCGGCCGAAAUGUUCUUCAACAACAUGGAUAAACUUAUUCAAGGUUUCAGAAAGUUUAGACCCGAUAUUAAUAUUAUUUACUCGACACCAUCAUGCUACUUGAAGGCCGUAAACGAAAUCUCCAAAGGCAAUGGAAUCAAAUAUACUGUUAAAACUGAUGACUUUUUCCCCUACGCCUCGAAGACUUAUUCCUAUUGGACCGGCUAUUUUACAUCCAGGCCAAAUUCCAAACGAUUCGAAAGACAAGGAAAUAACAUUUUACAGGUAACAAAACAAUUGGUGACAUUCGAGAAACUCUUGAACGGAAAAGACUAUUCGAAAAAUUUGACACUGCUGAAGGAAGCAAUGGGUAUAAUGCAGCAUCACGAUGCAAUCACGGGAACCGAGAAGCAGCACGUCGUCGGCGAUUAUGUGCGUCUGCUGGAGAAGGGAAUAAAAGCGGCAGAAACAAACGUGGGUUCGAUUAUUCAUGAUCUACUGAGCAAAGAUGGGACGAGCGGGAACUUGAAAAUUAAAUUGGAAUCGUGUCUACUAUCAAACGUCAGCUAUUGCCAUCCAUCCAAAGCCGAUCAGUUCACAGUCGCUGUUUAUAACCCAUUGAGCAGAAAUGCGUCCCAUUAUGUUCGCCUGCCAGUGGAUAAAACACGCUUUCAAAUAACUGGAUCGAAUGGCGACGAUAUCCCGUAUACAAUAAUGCCGGCUAUUGCAAACUUCACUGACUUCGCCGAUUCAUCGCCAUCUGAUUUGGUCUUCCUGGCUGAUGAUAUUCCUCCGUUAGGUUUGAAAUAUUUUCAUUUGAAGGUUCAACACACCAGAGACAUUCCGAAAAUAAAAGAGGUUGUUCAACAUAGAUUGGGAGAUGAAGUUUCUGGAUUUACUAUCGACGAUGUUACUGGUCUGUUGCAGACUGUAACUUUAAAUGGUGUCACAUUAAAGGUGAAACAGGAGUUUAUGUAUUAUCACGGAGCAAAUGGUUCAAAUUUAGGUGAGGAGAAUCAGGCUUCCGGUGCUUACAUCUUCAGACCAGCGGAUUCCACUCGAACUGCUGUCUCCUUUGCGGACAAAGUGACCUUUACGGUUCACUCGAGCGAGUUUGUGGAUGAGGUCCACCAGACGAUCAAUUCUUGGAUAAAGCAAGUCAUUCGUCUGUACAAACAAGAAAAUUAUAUAGAAUUUGAUUGGGUUGUGGGACCCAUCGACAUCAGUACUAAUUCAGGGACGGAAGUAAUAUCGCGUUUCACGGCCGAUGUGGAUUCGAAUGGAACGUUUUACACAGACUCGAACGGUCGUCAAAUGUUGAGGCGUGUACGUGACUACAGGGAAACUUAUGAUUACACCGAUGAGGAGCCCGUGUCUGGUAACUACUACCCAAUUACGUCAAGAAUUACUCUCAGGGACCAUAGCCGGAAUUUGGAAAUAGCGGUCCUUAAUGACCGGGCGCAAGGCGGCUCCAGCUUACAUGACGGCCAAAUGGAGCUCAUGGUUCAUAGAAGGCUACUCAACGAUGAUGAUUUUGGGGUACAGGAGGCGUUAAACGAAGUGGAAUUUGAUAAAGGCGUCAUCGCCAGGGGCCAGCACUUCCUCACCUUCGGACCCAUUAAAUCUGACGAUUCAAAGACAUCAUCUGCUCUGCAAAGAGAUUUGGCGCAAAAGAAGAUACUAAAUGCAUGGGUAUUUGUUGGAAACGCCACCGGGGACGAGUUUUCUUACGAAAAUUUGAAAGAAAAAAUCAAUUUCCAAUUUUCUGGUUUGAGGCGAAGCUUACCACCGAACGUACAGAUUUUGACGCUGGAGCCCGCAGAUGAUAGAUCGAUUUUAUUGAGAUUGGAACACGUUUUCGAAGAAGGCGAGGACGAUGUCCUGUCGAAGCCGGUUGCAGUUGAUAUAGCGGAUUUGUUUACACUGUUCAAUAUCGAAAGUAUUCGUGAGACUACGCUCGGCGCCAAUCAGUGGCUAGAUGACAAUGAGAAACUCGAGUGGGAUCUGCAUGAAUAUUCAGAUGGAAGGGCAUCUGUUAAUUAUAUUGAAGAGUCUCGUGUCGGCUCAUCUUUGGAUGACUUUGUUGUUACACUCACUCCGAUGAAAAUAAGAACAUUUAUUAUAUAUGUUUAGAAAUAUUUGUAUUAAUUUAAUA